GGCGUAGAAACCUACGCUCGAUCCCAACUUGUAUCGAACAUGUUCACGAGAACAUUCGUCAAAGCCGCGAAGAACUCUCUGGCAACACCUGCGACCCACUCGCCGUACAUCUCCCUCACGGAGCCACUUACACGUGCAUCACUGGCGUCACUGAGGCGGGCGUUGGCCUCCAAAUUCUCUGCGCAGGAGUGGGAGGUGAACGCUCACGAGAAACACGCAGCUGUGUUGAUUCCGCUAUGCAACGUCAACGGCGUUCCGGGAGUGUUGCUCGAAGUUCGGGGCCAGCUAAGGCAUCACUCGGGCGAAGUGAGCUUUCCUGGUGGGAAAGUAGACGACACGGACGACGGCUUUCUAUCAGCCGCUCUUCGUGAGACGCACGAGGAGAUUGGGGUUCGGCCGAGCCAGGUAGAGAUCCUCGGCCAGAUAGGACCGCCCACCACGUCUCUGGGCAAGCUGCGAGUUUGGCCAUACGUCGGCUUCAUAAACUUUGCGCACUCGCAUGAGGCCAGUGCAAUGACAAGCGACGAUGCGAGGCCGCCGGCAUACCAGGACGAUACGCCGCUUCCUUCGCUCGUAUUGUCUAAACUCGCCGUGUCGCGUGAAGAGGUCGCAGAAAUAUUUCAUGUCCCGUUAUCAGUUCUCUGUCAUCGCGAUCGGUUGAACCCAUCACUCUUCCGGGGCAUAACGCCGUACUGGUGUGUAGACGUGACCAACCUGGUGCUUACCCGGAGCGCGUGGAAGAGCGACCCUCUGGAGCGCGACGAGAUUGGUUCUGGGCGUGAAGAUAGACUUGAGAUAUGGGGCCUCACAGGAUGGUGCGUGUGCAGCGGCGGGCUCCCUUGCGCUUCUUCUUCUUGAUGGGCGGGCGAUCGCGAGGGCGCGCUUGCCGAGAUCAGCCCCCCAUUCUCCCAGCCUAAUUAUGGCCUCCUGUUCCAUGAACAGUUCAUCCGCAUUUAACCCGAGCUUGUCGAUUCUUCGGCCCUUUCCUCCUUCCAGGCUGUUGGCUCGCCUGUUCAUCUGGGAUUCCGCGGAGUUGGGAGGAUUUAAUCGGCGAUGCUUAUCCGCAGCGCACUGAUCAAAACGCUUCCUACAGGUACAUGAAUGUGUUUCUCAAAGCCCUUGAAGUGUAUAGAUAGACCAGCGAUGUCUGCUCAUAAGGCGACAUUACUUCUCAAAUAUCGGUUCCUCACAUAUGGAAGACAAGAACGGCCUUUCACACCGGC